ACGGGAAACAGAGAAUUUCUGAAAAGAGAGAAGAGUGAGGGAAUCUCGCCGUCUCGUGUGCUGUACGUGUGGGCUCCGACUUGGGUCUCUCCAUUUGAAUAAAGGGUACAAGCUCGGCCGGGUACGCAUGUCAGUUGUGUCAUGGACGUCGGGCUCGAUUGACACUCUCUUCUCUCUCUCUCUCUCUCUCUUCCGCGGGGUUCUCUACGAGUAAGAUAAAACAAAAAAAAUAAAUAGGGAGAGAAGAGCGCGACACAUAGACACGACACGGCCGGACGGCGAUUCAUUUGCAAUCGGUUAGUCGGCUCGUGCGAUUGUGCUCGGUGAGCUGCUGCUUCAGCUGUUACUGUUGUUUACCGCGGAUAGUACAAGUGUUGACAUCGUGGAUACGUUUCUCCGGGCUUUCAAUUUUCAUUAUUCGCUCCUUUUUUUGCUGCUGCUACUUCUUCUUCCACGAGUGAGCGACCCUCGGUAGUAAGGGGCUCCUCGCGACACUACUUUUACUACUACUACUACUGAGUUUUGUAUACAUCGUCAACAUCGUCGUCGAACAAGAUGCAAGGACUCGUGAAAAAACCUAGUGCGUGCAUGCGUCUGACGCGUUUUGUGUUUCUGUUCGUGCUGCUGGUCGUGAAAGCUCACAUCAACGGUGGACACUCGCUGCCCCUUUCCAACGAUGCCAUCGGCACGAAACCGCUGCUGUUCGACAAUGCCAGCAGCACGACCCUGCUACCGUCCAACGCGACCGACGACGGGGACAGCCUGCUGGACUUCCCCGAGGACAUAUUCACCGAGUACCAGCUGCAGCACGGCGCCAUACUGCUCCACCUGUUCUUCGGCAUCUACUGCUUCAUCCUCACGGGCUUCGUGUGCAACGACUACCUGCUGCCGACGAUCGAUCUGAUCUGCAUCAGGCUGAAAAUCAGCACGGACGUCGCAGGGGCGACCUUCCUCGCCGCGGCGAGCUCCUUCCCGGAGUUCUUCAUCACGCUGAUCGGCACGUUUCUGACCAAGAACGAUCUGGGCGUGGGUACCGUGGUGGGCAGCGCCGUCUUCAAUACCUUCGCCACGCCGGCCGUGGGCGCCAUCUUCGCCAUGCAGGCCAUACCGCUUCAAUGGAAGAUCCUUUCGAGGGAUUGCCUGAUUUACGGAGCUUCGGUCGGAGCCCUGGUCUACGUCAUGUGGGACGGCGAAAUCAGCAAGUGGGAGUCGCUCUUUCUCGUCCUUGCCUUUCUCACCUACUUCGUGAUCCUGCUGAACGAGAAGAGAAUCAUCAAGCGCUGCAAGGCUAUCAGGCGCGCCUGGAAAGUCAGCCCCCACAAGGGCAGCAGCUCCAACAGCGUCCAGAUUCAACCAGCUCCGGAAAGGGAAUUGGUGGCCGAGAAUUACACGAUGCCGUUCGGCACUUACACGCCGAACUUCCAUCCCGAUCUCAUAACAGAGUACAACAAUCACAUGAACAAGCUGAAGGCCGCCGUAAACGCCGAGGCUGCUAACGCUAACGGUGGUCAGACACCGGUGGAGAAACAGCAGCCGCCGGUGCAGCACCAGGAUGAAGAAGACAGUGUGCCAGAAUCGAUAUUCGUCUGGCCGAGCGACAAGCCGCCGAUCUCCAAGUUCUGGUUCCUGUUCGUCUGGCCGAUCAAGUUCCUGCUGCUCUGCACGAUCCCGGACAUACGCUACAAGAGCCGUCGCCAGUGGUAUCCGCUCUCGUUCAUCAUGUGCACCGCCUGGAUCGCCAUCUCCUCGUACCUGGCCUCGUGGAUGACCACAGUGGUGGGCACCACGAUCUUCAUACCGGACUCGGUCAUGGGCCUGACUUUCCUCGCCGCCGGUGGCAAUCUGCCCGAAAUGGUCUCGAUAGUUCUGCUGUCGCGGCAAGGUCAAGGCGACAUGGCCAUGAGUAAUAUAUUCGGCGCCAAUACCCUCGACAUCCUGCUCUGCCUCGGCGUGCCAUGGUCCAUUCAGACGUUCAUGGCCAAUGAGCCCAUCGUGAUCGCGUCGAAGGCUCUGGUCUACAGCAAUCUGACGAUCAUCUUCUGCCUGCUGGGCUUCUACCUGGCCACGUUCUACUGGAAAUUCGUGCUCAAUCGCAAGGUCGGCUUCACCUGCCUCCUCAUGUACGGCAUCUUCCUAGUGUUCGCCAUUUACAUGGAGAUUCGAUGAACGGGUUGAGAAAUUUGGAAAGUGCGACUUUCCAGAAACGAUAAAUUUAAAAAAAGAAAAAAAUCGUAAGUUUAGACGCGUGAAAAACUUAAUUAGCCAAAUAAUUAAUCGUCGAUUGAUUAAUUUUGUUUUCCUUAUAAAAAGAAAUGUAAAUCAAGUGUGCUUAGAAAAAGUGAUAUUGUACAUAUAAAAUUAUAUCAUCAGUCUUGUUUCGAAAUUAAUUUGAGCAAGAGAUUGAGAGUGUGCCUUCCAUUAAUAAGUAUUGUCAAUAGAAUUUUUAUUGACAGUGUUAAUGACAAGAGGAAAAAAAAUUUUCCUAUUAAAAAAAAAACGCAUUUUAAAAUC